AUGCAUUCUAUACAGUUAACCUUCCAGAAUAUUUCACCAUCACUCAAGGAGAUUGCACUUUUACAAAUUCCAUCGAAAGAUGCUGUAUUUGACACAGCUCUAGCUGAUGAAGAUGUCGAUGAAGAUGAGGAUGAUGAUUUCACUUCAAAACCUCCAUCAGAUGUGCCAAAGAAUAAAGGAAAAGAAAAGGGCAAUGCUUCAUCAGAUGUGCCAAAGAAUAAGCGUGGGAGUUCAAUCAAUGAAACACCACACAUUGUGGAAACAGAGAAAAAAUCCGAUAGCAAGUCAGAUGAAAUUGCUGAGUUGCGGCAAGAUUUUGCCGCAUUUAAGAAAUCUGUCACUGGAGAGUUUAAGGAGCUGCGUUUAUUUAUUGUGGAAAAUCUAAAAGAUGUUUUGGAUGCAAUCAAUGUUAGCUGUACAACUAAAGAGUCAUUCCAGACUGAUGAUAUAGGAACUCAAUUCCCUAUACCUGAUUUUGGGAAGAAGAAUUCGCUGAAUGACAACAUUCAACAAUCAAAUGUACAGGUUGAUUCGGAAAAAAAUCACUUUGAUACAAAUGGGAAAGUUACUGUAUCAUCGAUCAUUCACAAUGAUGGAAAUCCUGUAAUGGUGAUACUUCAAAUGUGGAUUGGGAAAUGUUGGAACAGUUGUUACCUGAUGCGAGUCAUCAAACAACAAUACAGUUUCAAAAAGAGGAUACCACAAUUAGAAGUUGGAGUCGAUGAGCCUGAAGAAUCAUUUGUAUUUGUUGUUCCUGUUCAAUCUCUUGAUAUGAACGUCAAAACAACAGAACAUGUACAACCAGCAUCACAAUUUGAGUUGAUUGAUGAGUUGCUACCAAGCCUUAAUUCGGUAAAAAAAGGGGUGGUUAACUCAAAGGCCGUAGUUGAUGAGGUUACAGCUUUACCAAUUCAUUCAAAGGCCAUAGUUGAUUUGGUCACACCUUUACCAAUUCACUCAAAGGCCGUAGUUGAUGAGGUUACACCUUUACAAAUUCACUCAAAGGCCGUAGUUGAUGAGGUUACACCUUUACAAAUUCACUCAAAGGCCGUAGUUGAUGAGGUUACACCUUUACCAAUUCAUUCAAAGGCCAUAGUUGAUUUGGUUACACCUUUACCAAAUCACUCAAAGGUCGUAGUUGAUGAGGUCACACCUUUACCAAUUCACUCAAAGGUUGUAGUUGAUGAGGUCACACCUUUACCAAUUCACUCAAAGGCCGUAGUUGAUGAGGUUACACCUUUACCGAUUGUCAGAAUUAGACGUCCUGGUCGUUGGAAUUGCUCUCCUUACUCCACCAAGUUUGGAUCUUCAUCUGGUAGUUCCUUAAUAGUGAACAAAAUACAUGAAAAGAUACAUCCAUUUGUGACUGAUUCCAUACGAGGGCCACAUAAUUAUGAUGUUUUUGAAGAUUACGCGAUGUGGCUUCGUGAAGGUCUCCUUCAUAUCGAUGUGGUUCUGUAUUACUUGCGUAAAAAAAGCAAGUACGGCGUUAACAGCCGAUACAAAUACACAACUGUUGAUUGUCUGUUCAAGACAAAGAUUGCUGACAUUUAUGCCGCGUAUGCUAACAUUGAAAGCAAAAAUUGUGUUGCAAACAUUGAAAACGACAUACGUGAAUACAUAAAUGGCUACAGGUUGAUGGCUGCUAUUCCAUGGAAUACAAUCGACAACGUGCUCAUACCAGUUAAUGUGAAGCAGAGGAACCAUUGGGUAUUAGCUGUUCUGUCAUUGGUUGAACGACACAUUCAUGUAUAUGACUCAUACAGAGCAGCAAAACAUGAUUCUUUUGUUAGGGAGGAAAUCCAAAAGCUUGCUCAGCUUCUACCGAUGUAUUUGUCCAUGUAUUAUGACGAUAACAUGGAUGAUACGCAAGACCUGAACAUUCCAUUCGAUGUGACCUAUGUGAAAGAUAUACCUCAGCAGCGAUAUGGUUCAAUGGAUUGUGGACUGUAUUUGCUUGCAUUUGCAGAGUACUUGAGUGAUGGCAAUGACAUUUGUGUUGAAACCAUCGAUGCUGAGUUACUUCGUAUUAGAUACGGUGCACUUCUUUGGGAAUAUGCUGCAAAGAAGAUGGAAGAUGGGGCUGUUAGCGACAAUGAGGCACCCCCUAAGUUGAACAGGAAGCCAUGCUCAGAAAUGGACAGUAGUGAAAUUGUCAUGAUCAACUAG